AUGAACGCCAUCCAGCAAAAGUGCCGGCCCAAGCACCAGGUCCUGGUGCUCAAGUGCUACCCGCGCACCUCAAAGGGGGCCGUCGACGUCAAGCCCAACAGCAGCGAGCUGAGCUACCUGCUCUUCUACGCCACCAACCGCCGCUCCAAGAUCCAGAAGAUCGGCGCGUUCCUCGAAAAGAAGACGGCCAGCGAUGUCUGGCGCAUGCGCAUUGGGUACGUCGUCGACUCCUUGCCCCUCCCCGGUGCAUCCGCCCACUUCUUCUGCGUCUCCCAACUGACCGUGAUACUUGACAGCAACGUGCAGGUGACGCUCGGAAUCCUGGCGGCCCUCGUCGAAAAGUCGCCGAAAGAUGUCGCCCUCAUCGCCCCGUGCAUCCUUCGCGUGCUCGACCUCGUCCUGCGCUCCGACGACAUCACCAUGAUUGAGUCCUCGCUGCCGACGUUCGAGGCCUUUUGCGAGCACCACGAAGCGUCGUCGCUGUUCGCCGACCACUCGUACCUGCAACAGUAUCAGGCCAUUGUGCGUUCAUACGCGCAGCUGGCAUCGUCACGCCAUGAGCCGGCCAAGGGUGGCCCUGUCAGCCGACCCGUCCAGCUCCGCUGGCGGAACGCCGGCCUCGACGCCAUCAAGUGCGUCGCUUCCUCGGAUGCACUCUCGUCGGUCGUCGGUCGCCAGGUCGACGUGAUUGUCCCCAUGAUAUUGGAGAAUAUGUGGACCGACGACGACCACUUUCUCGAUCUGCUCUAUGGCCGCGUACAAACAGGGGAGAGGUCAGAGGCAGACAAGAUGUUCCGUCGGAGGAACAGCGUCAACACUGUCAGGACUGCCGAUACGGCGGGCGACACGAAUCCACUGGCCAUCUCCGGCACCGCAAUGGACGUCGACAAGAUUGCCGAGGAGGAUAUCGGGGUGCUUGCCAUGCAGUGCCUGAAGAACAUCUUUGUGGUCCCAAAUAGGGCGCAAAUCCACAUGACCACCUUCUCUCUGCUCAAGUUCAUCUCGCAGAGGGUAGCGCAGGGCGAAGACGUUGUUGUCCCCGCGGAAAAGGGCGAAGAAAGUGACGGUGGGUGGGCAAUCAAGAUCUACGGCAUCGUCGCAAGCUGGGCGCCAGUGCAAGAUCGCUAUGUUAUCCUGGUUGCAGCCCUCGAGACGAUGAUGAAGACGCCCGUAAAGGACGAUACUCUCAAGCAGCACCUGACCCUGACGGCAAUGAUGCGGUCCCUGCUGAGGUCGGACACGAACCUGAUCGGCCUGAGCAUGAUGGACGUGCUGCUCGGCCUCGUCAAACAAACUAAGAGGUUGUUCCAGCUUCACAAUGGCUCCGCCCACGAUGGCAGCCAGAGCGAGGAGAAGACCGACGCCGAAAAGGAGCCCCCGAACAGGGCGCAGCGCAAGGACCUGCUUCACCAACUGGAAAGAUGCAUAGGCGACCUUGCAACGCACGUCUACUACGCGGAUCAGAUUUCAGACAUGGUCUCGGCCCUGGUCAGCCGUCUCAAGCCCGGCCGAACCGCCAGCAUCAGCUCCCUUGCUGACAAGCGCGACGCCAACGAGAAUGGCGGACCGGCCUCGUCUACCGUCGAUUUGCCCGGUCGCCAGUCGCCGCCAUCCGACACGGCCUUCUCGUACAAGAGGAGUAAGGUGUCUGCGUUGAGGGUGAUCAAAGCCAUCCUGCUCGUCGCGAACCCCAAGACGCGCAUGAGCGGAAACAAGGACCUUUCCCGAAACCGCGUCCCAGUCACGGUUUGGGAGGGGACGCAAUGGCUCCUACGAGACCCGGACGGUCAGGUGCGGAAGGCAUACGUUGACGCACUCGCGACGUGGCUGGAUCGGGAGACAGUCAAAUCGGACGCAGACGCGCAGGAUGACGCCAGCCUGCAGCCACGGCCGUCCGUCAAGCACAGCCGUGAUGUACCGAGCACGCGGCGAGCGGUGUCAGGCGCUUCAAAGGGCGAGAGGCAACCGAGGGCUCGGCGGUCACAAUUCCUGCCGCUGCUGCACCUGGCCAUCUACGACAGUGCACUUCAGUUCGUCGACUUUGACAGCGACAUUGCCUUCCUGCACAAUCUACUCACAAGGCUAGUCUUCAGGCUGGGCGUCAACGCAACUCGGUAUGGCAUUCCUAUGAUCUACCGCUUGCAGGAAGACAUUCUGGCGCUUGAUCAGCCGAUUCACAAAGUUCGGAUCGCUGCUUUGUGCCACGGAUACUUCUGGGCUCUGACCGAGAUGUUCGACUUUGAGUCGUCUGUUGUUGGCCGCGCGAUCCAGAACGAGAUUAUCCGGCGCAGAAGCAAGGGCUUCUGGGUUCAGGGGAUCCAAGUUCCGCCGCCUUCGCUCGAUCAGCUUGGUACGCCCGGCCACGCCGGACCGCCGCCUACGUGGGACCUCAGUGCGCUCGAGACAGAAGAGCUGCUGCCUUUUGACGACCGGACGUCUCUCGUCGAAUGCGUCUCCACUGGCUACAGGGAGAGCACCCUGUCUCCCCCCGCCAGCCCGGCCGCCUCGCCAGGGCGCUCUCACAACACUCCCAUUCUUGGAUCGAGCAUGAAUUCGUUGCCCACUGGCGAACUUGGCCAUGAGAUGCCCAGCAUCUUCCGCGACAACAUGCUCGCCGAGUGGUCGAGGGACUCUGCCAUUUCAGCGCUGGCUGAGGGCAAGACUGAGUCCAUUACGGGUUCGAAGACGGGCACCACGGGGACGAACCAGAAUCGGCUCACGAUCAACACAAUCGGAGUCAAUGGAGGCGGUUACCAACCAGCCUCGCCGUUUGGUAGCAUGCGCAACCUGCGACCGCAUUCGUCUCAAAUGCACGGCGACCGGCUCAACUCAAUGACGAAGCUCCGGAAGACGAGCAUGCGUAGCGCCGUAUCGCCGUCGGUCUCUGAGUCUAGCAAAGGAGGCAUAGCCUCUGUCGAGCAGUUGAAGAUGAUCUUGGCAGGCAAUGUUUCGCCACAGACGGCGGGUAUCCCUGGUGUCGACGACGACGACAGCGACGAUAGCAUGGUCAGUUUCGAAUACACGCCGUCAGAAGAGGAGAGCUUUAGCCCGGCCACGCAGCCGGAUAACGCCGGGACGACGGGGGACGCGUUAAGCAGGACCAUUUCGGGGUCGAAGUUCAAGGGGCUGGGGCCGUUGUCAUCGAACCCGACCUAUCAGGUCAACGGCGAGGACGAGGACGACGUGCCUCCUGUUCCGCCGUUGCCGAACCUGAGCUCUUUGUCGAACAAGGGGAGCAUCCUGCAUGGCGACGUCUCUGUGCACGACUAUGCUGGCAGCUCUGGCCGACGAAACCUCAGCAGCCGUGGCGGAGAUAGUGUGCGAGCCAAGUCUCUGCGGUCUCGAGACGAUGGUCGGGGCAUGGAUCUGCAGGAUCUCCUCCGUGGUAUCGACAGCAGGGCUGGGGAAGGCAGCCUCGGGAACCUGACGAAGCCGCCCUACUGA